GUUUAAGAACAUUAAUUGCAUUUCUUAAAAUCUUAUUGGUUUAAAAAUAUACGAAAUAUAAAAUUACAAAAAACUAUACAUUUAUAGCUAAUUUUUAGUAUGUUUUAUUAAAAAGUGUGAAAAUUCUAAAACAUGGAUCUUUUAGGAACGGAGGGAGUACGAUUUUGUUUGGUUAGUAAUGAUGUCAAAAAAAUAAGUGAGGUGACUUAGUAAUGAUGUCAAAAUUUUAUUAAGAAAUAAAUGAAAUAUGAUUUUCUAAUAAUGGUCAGUUUUAAAAAAUCACACAUGAAAGAAAUUAUAACUUCUAUUUUAAUAGAUUAGGGACUAAACACAAAAGGCCCAAAGGAAGAUUACUCAUGACAGACAUAAAGUGCAAAAGCUUCAACCCGAUUAUUUGGACAUUCCUAAGGGACAUAGUUACCAUUUUUUGUAAAAAAGUGGAUUUCGUUUAUAAAUUUCAUAUUAUGUUCAUCAAGUGCAAAAGCUUCAACCCGAUUAUUUGGACAUUCCUAAGGUAUAUUCUUAUAGUUAAUUACAACAGGAUUGGGAUUUUUAUAAAUUCUAUGAUGAAUUUCUUAUUUCGAUUCGAUGUGUCUUUGUGCAUGGGUCACUUUACGCAGGAUAGUUCAUGUUCAGGCUUUGAUUCUUACAAAACUAAAGAGAUAGAGAACAUCUGUUUGAGCAAUUUUGACGACUACAAGGCACUAUUCGACCUAAAAGAAUGUUUCACCGCGGAUGAGUUGAUCCUAACUGAUCAGUUAAUCGAUAGAAUAAUAACGAAACACAAUGCAGACACCAAGGCAGAGAAGGUUAUACCAUCUCUGUCAUCGGUUAUGUCAUCAGUAACACACAAGGAUUACAACACUGAAGCUUUGGCUAAUGCAAGUUGUGAAGAUUACAAGAAGAAUCAAAUGAUUUGCGCAAAGGCAAAGGACGAGAUCAACAAUAAUGUGGAAAUCUUCCCAAACGCUUUGACUCAACUUGAUCGUGGCCCAUCGCAGUUGAUUCUGACAGAUAUCCAUGAUAUGUCACUAUGGGACGAUCAAACACCUGCAUCUCGUGCAUAUGAUCCGCAAGCACGAUUAGAAGCAUUGAAGAGAUACUUCGCAAAGAAGGAGAAACACAAGUUUGGGAAGCAAAUUAGAUAUGAAUCUCGAAAAUCUACGGCUGAUACGAAGAGACGAUUGAAAGGGAGAUUUACAAAAGUUGGUGCAGAUUAUGAUUAUGAUCCACGAGUAAAUAAUAAUAUGUUGAGAUAUUUCUCCUUAAACCAAUUAACCGGUUUAUAUCUCACUUGACUAAUUUAACCUAGCACAGUUCCUGAUGUUGUUUGAGUUUGUUAAAGACACAAGAGAAUUUUUUGACCCAGUUCCCUUUCGGUACAUCUGGGGAGAGGACGGCACUCUCAACGAUUCACUAGUAUCAAAUGUUUACAAGAGCUUUCUUUACACAACAACCUUUGUGUCUCUCUAUUCACCUAGAGACAACACAACAAUGAGCUAAAGACCUAAGCUCACUGAACCUGUGUGUAUAAGAGAUGAAACCCACACUCCCUGGAGAAGAAACAGCCUGAGACUCUUGACCAGAUCUCCCUUUGGCUUCUCCUUGUAGAUACUCGGGAAGACGACCUAUUUCCACACCAGAACUAUCAUAUAGUAACAAAUAUACACAGUCUUUCAAUCUCGUCGUAAUUGCACACCACUUAAGUAUAACAACCUAUUUCCACAUACGAUAAAAGUUCGAAACUCGUUUCCACACACACUAAAAUUUGGUUUGGUUUUAAUGGUUUAUGACAUAAAUCGAUAGUAAACCAGUUCACAUCGAUUGAUAUUGGUAUAACCUGACUCAAACGAAGAUCCAACUAGGGAUCCAUUUAAACCCGACCCGAACCCAUUUUAAAAGCCCCAAAAUCGAUUUCAAUCCUUUAAAACCCUAAAAUCUAAAAAUUCAGAAAGUUUAUUUGUAUGUAUGUGUUAGUUUGUUGGUUCAAAAUCAUAUUUGACUUAAUAUAAUUGGGGAUCCCAUAAUUGAGUAAAUACAUAAGAAAAAGAAGUAGAUUUGGUCAAGAAUCGUGAAAAGAAAAAAACUGAAGCGGAGGUUAGGGAUUCCUGGUAAUAUUGAGGAGGAAGAAGAUGAGGACGUUUACGCCAUUUUACAUUAAUUAAAGACAGAAGGAAAAAAUAGUUGCUCCAUCCUGGAUUCGAACUCGGAUUGUUAAUCAGUUACAUGAGCACUUAAACCAAUGGACUAUGCUUGAUUCUUGUGUUUAUCCUUUAUAUAAUAAUAUAUAUACUAAAAUACACAAAACUAAUGAGAAACAGCCAUGGAUCUAGCUCAAUCCAGAGGCAAAGAGAAACAUAGGUGAAUCGAAGACGUUGUAAGGCUCCCAAACUUUAAUUGAAGGUCCGAUCGUGUGGGUCCCAACACGGUUCUUCUUCUGUUCAGUCCGCAUUAAAACCUUCAUCUUCUUCCUCUUUGAUUUCUGUUUCACUCUACAUUUACAUCAGUCCAUGACUCCAUUAUCGUUUCUGCAAAACAGAGAAACAUAUAGUCAAUAGUAGAGAGAGAUAGAGAGACAACACACUAAUGAGAGAGAGAGAUAGAGACAGAGAAUUGCGAAAUUACCUGAUUGAAGCCAAGCAGAGGAGCAACAACGUGGAGGAGGAGAGUUUUAAAAAAAAAAAACGUGGAGGAGCAACGACACAAAAGAGAAAGAGGAUUUAAUUGCUUAACUUGGGUAUUAGGUUGGUUUAUUAGAUCCAAUUGUACUGGGUUGAUUUAAUCUGGUUUAUAUUCUCUACUUGGGUCAAAAUCGGGUCGUUUUGGUUUAGUUAAGUUAGUCAGUGGUUAAGUUUCGGGUUUAAGGAACACCAACCAACUUUAAACCGUUAUUUGUCGUUAUUGGUUCAUCUUUUAAAGUUUAGGGAGAAAUAAGUUUCAAACUUUUAUUGCGUGUAGAAAUAGGUUGUUAUACUUAAAUGAUGUGCAAUUAUGACGAUGUUGAAAGAUUGUGUACAUUUGUUACUAUAUGAUAGUUCUGAUGUGGAAAUAGGUCGUCUUCCCUAGAUACUCCUUCAAACUCUUCUCUUUGCUCUUGCUUCUUGCCUCUCUCCUUCUCUAAUCUCUCCUUAUGUUAAAUGAGUGUUAGUUGGCAAGAAAUUAGGUUUAGAGACUAUAUAUAGUGUCUCCCUAAACCUAAUCACUAAUGGACUUUCGACCAUAAUAAAGCCCAACAAGUCAUAAACAGAUUUCCCAUAACUUAGCUUCUCAAGUCUUGUGCUUUCCUCAAGUCUUGUGCUUUCCUCAAGUCUUGUGCUUUCUUCUCAAGUCUUGUGUAUAUCAUAACUCAGCCAAGAAAGUGUUAUCCACCAAAUUGCUCAUAAUCAACAAAUCUCCACCUUGAGCUUUUGGUCACCUGUGCUUACGAAAUCUAUAACUGAAAUAUCAUCUCUAUGUCGAUUUUCCUCAACGUAAGAUGAACCUGAGACUUCCGUCAUAGUCUCAAACUAGUGAAUCAUUCCUGCAACCCUUCCAGCUCCACCACCAGAAAUAAGCAGUCAUGUCACCUUUACCGGUGACCCACAGCACUAACAGAUCAAUCCUUGAACUCAACAUGUACCGCCAUCAGUAAUAAUGGAACACGCCGCCUAACUCACUGCUAGGAAGACUUUCGACACAACCUCUUGUUCAACUUAUUGAAACUGCCCUUGGCUUCGUUUUCAGAAUUGACCAUCUGAACCCUUUGUCGAUUUUCCAGACUUGACCAUCUGAACUUCUUGCUUCUGCGAGGUGAUAACCGACAAACCAUCUCGCGCUUCCCCUGUCUCAACUCAGUUGGUGACAUUGAGUGUCACCAGGCACCUCUCAACGCUGUUGCCUGGUAAACUCUUUGUCAACAUAUCCGCAGGAUUUAGAGAAGUAUGAAUCUUCUGCACCUUAGCUGAACCAUCCUCCACCUUGUCCCUGAUGAAAUGCACUUUAUUCUCAAAGUGCUUGGUCCUGUCAUGAUGAACUGGAUUCUUCGCCAAACAAAUUGCACUCUGCGAGUCACAAUUUAACUUGAAACUCUCUGACUUUAACCCCAAUUCCCUGCAGAAAAUCUUCAACCAAAUUCCCUCUCUAGCUGCCUCUGUGAGUGCCAUGUACUCUGCCUCAGUAGUUGAAAGAGCCACAACAUGCUGAAGAGUAGACCUCCAACUCACAGUAUUACCACCAACCUUGAAGACAUAACCAGAUAUUGACCUUCUCCUGUCAAGAUCUGCAGAGUAAUCUGAAUCACAAAACCCUUCAAUCUCAAACUUGUCUGACCUCUUGAAGUUUAGACACACAUCUGAAGCUCCCUUAAGAUAUCUAAAAAUCCACUUAACCGCAGACCAAUGACAUCUUCCUGGAUUUGCCAUGAAUCUACUGACCAAACCGACCGCAUACGCUAAAUCUGGACGAGUACCAAUCAUGCCAUACAUCAGACUUCCCACUGCACUUGCAUAAGGAACUGAACUCAUCAACCGUGUCUCCACAACCAACUCCUCAGGAGUCAAACUCUUAAGCUUGAACUGUGAAUUAGAUG